AUGCACAAUGCUGAAGAAGUUCAUGGUUGGGAUGGCCUCGGAAAUGUUCACGAACUAGCCAAAGAGUAUACUGCCACUCAAGAGUGGAUCGACUUGUUCAAAAAGGAAGAACAAGCCAUGCACAGCACUAUCGAGGAAGAGUUAUCAUUUAUUCCUUCCAGAAGACCAUCUUACUUGGAGAUUCUUGACAUUUUACGAGAAAAUGAGCCAGGAACUGUGAUCAUCUGUGCUAUUGGUCCAUUGAUGAAUCUUGCCAUGGCGGCUCAGAUCGACCCAAUUACUUUCUCUCGUGUCAAAAAGGUAGUUUCGAUGGGUGGUGCACUUUUGGAACCAGGCAAUGUAACACCUACUGCUGAAUUUAAUGUCUUCUCAGACCCUGCUGCUGCUGCCAUUGUCUACGCGUUGAGUUCGCCUUCUCCAGAGGCCACCCUCCCAGAAAACACCCCAGAAUCGCUGCUAAAAUACGUUAAGUCGCCAGAUUAUAAACCUAUUUCACUUAUAAUCGUUCCUCUUGACAUUACACAUCGCCAUUUCUUGAACGAGAGCACAUUCGCUGAAAAAUCUAAACCAUUAAUCGAUCAACAAUCGCCUCUUGCCCUCUGGAUGUCAAUUUGGAUGGGAACAUCGUUCGAUUCUAUGAGACAGAUCAAUGCCCCUGGUGUACCAACACUCGUCCAUAUGCAUGAUCCUCUUGCUGUAUGGUAUGCAAUUACUUACGAGUCUAAUGACAAUUGGAAAAUAGACAGUCAACUCGAUAUUCGUGUCGAAACUGUUGGAAGGUGGACAUCAGGGUCUCUACUGGUAGACCGUAGAGGAAGACGAAAAACUGACAAGCCAACCCAUAAUGAUAGAGGUCAAUGGCUGCUAUCAACGGUUGGAAACCGAGUAGAUGUCUGUGUGGAUUCUCCUGGCCAUGGCGAGGCUUUUGGAAAGGAACUUUUAGAUAUGAUAUUCCAUUAA